GUCAGGCGGCGGCGGCGUCCCGGUAGGGCGGCGGGGGCCUCCCGAGGCGCGGCGGUGCCCUCAGCGCCACAUGGCGCCCCGUAACGCCUCCGAACGCGAGGGCGGCAGCGAGAGAACGGGCGGGCGCAGAGCACGCUCCCUCCGCGCGCCCGCCGCAAUGCACCACGGGAUGGCGGCACCGCGACCGCCCGCUCUUAAAGCGACAGCGCCUCGCCCUGCCGCGGGUGGCCGGCCCUGCGCCUCGAGGACCGCUGAUGGGCAACCGGCCUGUUGCUCUUCUGUGGGUGUAACGGGAAAUGGGACUCGGUAGAGCACGUGAAAUUACUGGAUAGGUUCAGCACCAGCAAUAAGUCUCUGACAGGAACUCUGUACCUUACAGCAACCCAUCUGUUAUUCAUAGAUGCAAACCAGAGGGAGACUUGGAUAUUACAUCAUCACAUUGCUGCAGUGGAAAAGCUUCCCUUGACUACUUCUGGCUGCCCCCUUGUCAUCCAGUGUAAGAACUUCAGAGUAGUCCACUUUGUUGUUCCCAGAGAGAGAGAUUGUCAUGACAUCUACAACUCCUUACUGCAGCUGUCAAGAACAGCAAAAUAUGAAGAGCUGUAUGCCUUCUCCUAUAAUCCAAAGCAGAAUGAAUCUGAGCAAGCCAAAGGCUGGCAGCUUAUUGAUCUAGCGGAAGAAUAUAAGAGAAUGGGAGUGCCAAAUGAUUACUGGCAGUUGUCCGAUGCAAAUCGUGAUUAUAAGAUCUGUGAAACCUAUCCUAGAGAACUUUAUGUUCCCAGAACUGCAAGCAAACCCAUAAUCGUUGGUAGCUCUAAGUUCAGAAGCAAAGGAAGAUUCCCAGUGUUGUCCUAUUAUCAUAAAGAUAAAAAGGCUGCAAUUUGCAGAUGCAGCCAGCCUCUCUCAGGCUUCAGUGCCAGGUGCCUGGAAGAUGAACACAUGUUGCAAGCAAUCAGUAAAGCAAAUCCUUCAAAUCGCUACAUGUACGUUAUGGACACCAGGCCAAAGCUUAAUGCAAUGGCAAACAGAGCUGCUGGGAAGGGCUAUGAAAAUGAAGACAACUACUCUAACAUUAGGUUCCAGUUUGUUGGAAUUGAAAAUAUUCAUGUAAUGAGAUCCAGCUUACAAAAACUUCUGGAAGUCAGUGGCACGAAGGGUUUGUCUGUCAAUGACUUCUUGUCUGGUUUGGAGAAUUCUGGAUGGCUGCGUCAUAUCAAAGCUGUGUUGGAUGCUGCUGUCUUCCUAGUCAAGGCAAUAGCAGUUGAGAGCGCGAGUGUGUUGGUGCACUGCUCUGAUGGCUGGGAUAGGACGUCCCAAGUUUGUUCUCUUGGAGCUCUCUUGUUAGAUUCCUAUUACAGAACAAUCAAGGGGUUCAUGGUCUUGAUAGAGAAAGACUGGAUUUCUUUCGGGCACAAGUUCUCUGACAGGUGCUGUCAGUUGGAUGGUGAUCCAAAAGAGAUCUCGCCAGUGUUCACUCAGUUUUUAGAGAGUGUGUGGAAUCUGACUGAGCAGUUCCCACAAGCCUUUGAGUAUAAUGAAGCUUUCCUCCUUCAGAUCCAUGAACAUGUCCACUCGUGCCAGUUUGGGAACUUCCUUGGAAACUGCCAAAAAGAACGAGAAGAACUGAAGUUAAAAGAGAAGACAUAUUCCCUGUGGCCUUUCCUUCUAGAUGAACAAAAGAAAUACCAGAAUCCUCUGUAUAAUCCAAGUUUUUCUCCGAAUCUAACUCUUUUGGAGCCUAAUACUGUGUCAUUCAAUUUCAAGUUUUGGAGAAAUAUGUACCAUCAGUUUGACCGAAGCAUGCAUCCCAGGCAGUCUGUGUAUGAUCUUAUCAUGGACAUGAGUGAACAAAAUAAACAACUGGAGGAAGACAUUAAACAACUGGAAGCUAAAAUAAAGCGGAAGAGUGGGCAGUCAGAUGUAGUCCUCCUGAAGGAACAUCAGCAGUCUGCUCAUCCUGCACCAGUGAUGCUGAAAACCCCGCCGUGCUUCAAGAAGGACCAGCCUUUGAUCCCUCUCAAUGAUGCUGUAAGAACUAUAGAGGGCAGCAACACAGCAGACAAUCGCUACAGUGAAUUCAUGGAAGAGCUUUCAAAAGCUGAGCCUGCUAUUGUCAGCUUGGAGUAUGGAGUGGCCAGGAUGACCUGUUGAAAUCUGGCACAGUGCUCCUCUGUCUUAGACUGGCUGAGUUAAAAGACAGAUUGUUUUUGAGGAUGGGUCUGUGCUGCAUGACCAAAACAUGAUUUGUAUAUCGGCAAGUUUUGUUGACGUAGACUAGAACAGCAUGCUAGUUGUCAGGUGUUUGCUGUUCUUUAUACGCAUAUAAAAAAGUGUAGUUGCCUCUAUUUCUUUUAAAAUACACUUGGUAAGUAGUGACUAAAAAUGGAGGAGCGGUAUGGUUGGUAUGUCUUUGGACUUAAGUCAGUUGCACUAAAUUAAAACGGUAAUCUUCCUUUAUUCAGUAUAGGAAAACACAGCUGGUCUUUCACAAAUUGAUUUUAUGUGGGCAAGAAAACUUGAACUUUCUAUUUUGGGAACUGAAGGUGUGUGUGUAUACAUCACAUAUGGUGAAAUUACGUAUAUUCCUGCUAAAUGUCACCCAGUACUAUUAUUCAGUAUAUUAAGUGCCAUGGAAAAGCUUAAUAUAUUUCAAAUCAUAAAUUGUUGGCCUUAAACCUGUCAGAUCAGUAAUACUGGUGUCUGUCACUACUGCAGUCUGUAACCUGACUCUGUUUAUGCUGUAUUUGCGCUAAGUGUUCUUUCCUUAAAACAGGAUUGAACGUAGGGAAUGAAGCAUGCCCAAGCUGGCGUAGCCUUUCAGCAAAUAGCUAUAUGAAUGUUAACUUAUUACUAAGGAUUGUUCUUUCUUCCAGCUUCUCUAUUGUUUAAAAUAUAGAUUGGCCUGAUAUUGUUCUCUUGCAGCUCAGUAGGUUGAGCAUAAUUGAAGCUACAGGUCAUGUGUUUGAAUGUUUUGAUCUUGAUCUUGAAUGUUUUGAUUUGUAGCAAGUACUUGAAUGUAGAAGAAAGAGUAAAACACGUUGGGGAAAAAACUUGGCCAGAAUCUGAAUGGAUCUGGACUAUUCAGAUUGUUUAACUGUGUGCUGUGCAGUUGUCCAAGUUCCGAGAAUGGAAGCGGAAAUGUUGGAAGUAUAGUCAAUUAGCAUUGCUCUCAAGUACAAAAAAGCUUCUAUUUGUGUGUCUGAAGCUCAUGAGAAACUGAGUGCCUCAUACUAAGCCUUUCCUUAAGAGAAAACUUUAGUUAUUGGCUCCCUCUUACCUUGUGAAAACCUGUCCAACCUGUGCGUUUUUAAGCAAUUCCAGUACAGUCUGGAGAUGCGUAGUUAGGCAAACUUCAUCUAGCAGAAUAUAGUAGACUUUCUGACAUGUAAGAGGGGAAAAAAAAAUAAUGAAGGAAAAUCUACCAUAUGUAAACUUAAUCUGUCUGUAGCCUUUUAGUAAGGGAGCAGGUUUCUGUCAGUUUCUAUCUCAUGACUGAUUUUCUGAGCAGGUAACAGAACAGAGAAGAACAACGUCAGUGCCCAGAUCUUCAGUGGAUGUACAAAAGAAUACUUUGGGUAUUAAGAUCCCUAGAUUAAUCCUGCUAGUUGUUUAUCUUUUGGAUUUAAAUCCUUUUUAGUGAUAUGUGAGAAUGAGUUUAUUCUCACCGUAAUCCCUGAAGUGUCUUUUAUUAAAAUUACUCAACAUAAUUGGCAGUUAUCCCCUUGGCACCAGAUUAGAUGCAGGACUUUAUUAGUAGGGCAGGUAUAGGUGGUGAUUGAGUUGCACUUGUGAAGUAUGGGUGAAAUUUAACUCUGACCCCUGUAUUUGGUGAGUGUAAGUCACUGUUUCUCUGUUUUAUUUUCUAAAAUCCUAUAAAUGUACAUAAAUGUUCCUGAAGUCUUUUUAUUCUCAAAGAGAUGGUCACAUUUGAACGACCUUAUCCAUGUUUUGAUUUUUUUUUUUUCUCACUACAGGUUUUGAUUUUCACAUUUGCACAGUGGUGCCUUACAGGGUUACAACGAGAGGUUUCUGUGCCUUGUUAGUUGUUGUCUGCCCUUCACCUUCUGUAUCAACUUGAUUCUCUCUGGUUUUCCUUUGAAAAACAUCUUGUAUAUUAAGCUUGUGUUGUACCACACUAGUGAAACAAACGUCACUGACAAUAUAGGCAAGUGUUACCAAUUUGUAAUUGUUUAAUUUUUAGCUGCUCUGAUGUGCCAUGUACAUGUUUUCAUAUUUAUUGUUUAGAGUUUAUGGACUCAAAAGAUUAUAUUAAGCUUUUUUGCAAAUACUGUUGUAUGUGGUUUUUACUUUAAGAACCAUCCGAGGAUACCCCUGUAUAGAAGGCUUUUAAAAAGAUCUGCUUUCAGUACUUUUAAAGGAAUCUUAUUUCAGUCUUCAGGCCUUCCUCACUGGAAGAGGUCACUUACAGGAAACAGCUGGGAUGCCUUUUUGUUUUAUAUCAAAAAUCAAGAUGGUUGACAUUUAGGUUAGCCUUAAAAUGCACAAAACCUGUUUCUUCAUUUAAAAACAAAAAAAAACAACAACAAACAGUACUUCGUGGUUCAAAGCAUCCUGCUGCAGUAGUAUGUGAUAGUUACAUAAGGUGGUUGGGUAGAGCAGCCUUCGACAGCUUUGCCAGUUCAACCCCCAGGGUCAGCAGUGAGAGAUGGUCCUGCAGAGAGGCAGCUGUCUGUUCUCCUUUGCUGUCUAGGCUCAAGCCAAAACUAUCUUAAAGCACAUGGGACCUGCGGUGAAGUAAAUAGAUGGCAGCAAAGCGAGCUCCAACACAGAGCUUGGCAGGACGGCCGGGACUCAGCAGGGCUGUGCUGUGUCCUUCAAGAAGUCAGCUGCAUGGCUGUGGCAGGGACCUUCUGAGAGGAGAAGGGAUUUUGAUUUGUAGUGAAGUGGAUGAGUUUGUCUUCAUCACAGAUAUUGUUUCAGGAGCAGUUGCAGUAUCAAGAAGGUGCCCAGCACAGCUCAGAACUGUUUCCAAUGGUGUCUCUAACUUCAUAGUUGCUGCACUGACCAAGUGGGAAUAUGAUGGCCCAGACAGAAACUUGCUAUGGCUGAUUCUGCUUCAUUGGCUGCAAGGAUUUGGCACCUGUUGAUUCUGUGCUUCAUUACGAGGAGGUCAUGGUAAAGUCUGCUGGAUUUUUUUUAACUUUUUUCUCUCUAAUAGAACACUAUUGAGGAGAAAUUGCACCUUGUAACUGAUAAGCUGGUAGUCUCACCUGAGCAACUAAAACUGCUUUCAUGUUAUACUUGUGGCAAUUUAAAAUAUUUAUGUCACUAGUACAGAAAGUUGUUAUUUUUGGGUGGCUACGUACUGUCAUGUCUUUCAAUACAAGUUUAAAUAUCCAACUGUUCUGUUUUGUAGGACAGCUGCCAAAUCAACGGACUAAGAAAUUAAUUAAGCAACACUGCACUGAGCCUGUGCAUUUUCCACACGCCCAAUUACUAGUGACCUAAAUCGAGGGCAAAAGCCUGGAGUCUGGAGCUCGUUUAGAGAAGUGAUCCUUCCAUAAAACUGCACAUCUCUAUCUUAUGUGGAACGUAUGUCCUAAAAUAAUGUCAGGUAGGGUAAAAGCUAUUAUGAAUCAAGCUGCAACAGUUCGGUGUGUUUCUUACUUACUGUAAGCACGCUGGAGAAGGCCUUUCAGGAAAAGGGGAUGUGUUUCUCUGUAGCUGCUGUUUUCCAAAGGCCUUUUAUUAAACAGUAAUACUCAGCUGAGCUCUGGGAACUUGUUGCUCCUAGUCUGGUAAACUAACACAAUGAAUAUACACUGUUGCUGCAGUCUCUGAGCUCCCUUACAAAAGAGAGGAAGUGGGGCUGGCUUAGCUUGAUUUAACUACUAACCUCUUGAGAAAAAUUACUUAAGUGACUUAAAUUCUGGGUUAAAAUAGCACAGGACUAUUAGCAUCUCUCUCUGAAGUCCUGCCCUGCUGUUGAGCAAGUAUAGCUACUGUGAGGGCUUCACAUAAGAAUCAUUACUGCUUUGUAUUUGGUUUAAUGGUGACCCAAUUUCAGGCUUGGUCACUCCUCCCUGCUGGUCGUUGAUUCAACCUUUGGUCGGAACCCAAAGCUUGCUCUUAAGACUCAGUAUUUAGUUGCUGAUGGUUCUAAGCCUGUCGCCGGUUGUAGAUGGCAGUCAUGAAACCUGUUUUACCCGUUAGAUUAGAUCUUUAUACUUGCUUGGUCUGCUUUGAUUGCUUCCACCAUUUUUGCUGCACUUUAAGCAUUGCUUGGCAUGGUGCUUGAUAAGUCUUUCAGUUCAAAUGGACUUAACAUUUCAAAAGCCUGAAAGUAACAUGGUUUCCUUCCAGUACUCUGAAGCUUUGGUUCAGCCUCAGUGAACAGCAUGGGUGUGCUGAUGUUUGGUCCAGUUGGCUUGACCUGCCUACAUGUUAAACAGCACUGAAAAUCAAUUCAACGAUGCAACUUCCAUAUGCACAAUAGGCUUAAAGGGAAGGAUGCAGUCAGCCCUUCCAUGACAGCCUAUAGCAGGGAACAGCACCCUGCUGGGACAUGGCUCACAAAAGCAGAAACAGCAGAGCUGUGCUGAUGGCCAGCAGCAUCGGGGGCAUGAAGUAGAAGGUUGGGGCCAUGCUUCUUGGCCAGUUUCCACAUUCAGAUGAAUUAAAAAAGCUAUUCUGGUAAACAUAACUGAGUAAUUCUGUGCUGCCAUCAAACAAUAGAAUAGAUAUACAUCUAUUGUUUGUUUUUUUUUAAAGACUACUAGCUUCUAGGAGUUAAUGGCCUGAUAUUGACUUUGAAAUGGGAGCGUAGCAUUUCAUUUAAUCUUGCUUAUGGUUUAACUCUUGAGGUCAGCUAUGUACUGUUUAUAAUCAAGUGGACUUAGAGAUUUUGGCAUAAACUGUAGUAUCUUUCCUAUCUUACUGAUAACGUUAGUGCAUACAUAUCUCGUGCUUUGUGUCUCUGCAUAUCUCUGGCAAGUAGGCAGCCCUUGUGAAGUGCUUCCCGGGCUGCCCCACAGCAUUGUUCCUCAAUACCUGGCAUUAUGUUUGCACCCACCCACACUGGCUUGCUUGCUUCGUCUUCCUCUUGCUCUUCAAUCUUACCAUUUAUCCUCACAAGCUGUUGGUGAAGCCCCUUGACAAACAUCUUUCUGUCAAAGAAAACAGGUUUGUAUUUCUGGCUCUCAGGGAUGUGUACCCCUGAAGUAGCAAACUUGCAAAAUAAUACUUGUUUUCCCUUCCGGGGCUUCUGAGUGCCUCCUGACUUCCACACUCAGUUCAUUUUAACUCCAGACCUGGCUAUUAAAAAAAUCAUUUGAAUGCUGGAUGUGGCAUGGGGAAGGAAAACUCUUUUCAUUGUGAUGUGUCUGGAAGGACCGGCUGUCCUAAAGACUGUUGAUUGCUCUGUAAAAGUCAUUUACCUGUGUGCCGGGAUGAUGCUUGAUAUUCAUGGAGAAACUGCAGUAAAUGGGAUUUUGUAAAGAGUAUAUUAUUUGUACAUGUUUUGAAAAUCCAUAAAGCUUAAAAUAAAAUGAUCUUAGUAUUGCGAAUCUAA